AUGAAAUGCAAAAGACCCAAUGUUACUUACUUUGAGAUUUUUCCUGAUGCUGUAUUUAGUGUAUCUGCAGACUUCAACCCUCGAUCGUUGAAGUCUGUUGACCCCAAAUGCAUUCAAGAAACUAUUCGUGGCCUAUUAGAUAUCGCGGUUGCACCAAAAUGUAUGACAAUACAUCAUGGAACUCUGUGUGAUAGAGUGAUCCUUGCAAUGUUUGAUGGCCUUGACGUUAAAAGAUACAAUAAAUUUAAAGAAAAAUUACCAAACUUUGUAAAUAUUUCACAAAACAAGUUUCCUGUAUUUCCGCAAGCUAAAGAACGUGAAGGCUAUCUUAUCCCAGGCAGACAGACAGUUUUAGGUUUCAAAAACAAUAAAAAAAUAUUCAAAAAAUACAAUAACUACGAAGAGAUGAUAACUCCGGUUACUGAUUUACUAGAUAAUGGAUAUCCUCUGCAUCUUGAAGGCAUGAAAAUUCCAGAAAAGCCGAGAUGUGAAUUAUAUAAGCUUUCAAUCUUAACAGAAGAGCAACUAGCAGACUUUUCCGAGCUCCCAGAAGAAACAACACCCGAAACUCGCGAAAUCAUUGCGAUCGAUUGCGAAAUGGUCGAAACAAAAUUAGGAUCGGAAUUAGCACGUCUUUCUGUUACAGAUUUUGAAGGGAAACCUUUACUUGACCAACUAUUUAAACCAACAAAUGAAAUUCUUGACUACAGAACUCCAUUUUCAGGUAUAUCCGAAGAGACACUCGCAAACGUUACAGUAACGCCCGAUCAAGCUCUAAAAAUACUAUCUAAGUACGCUUCAAGAAAAACAAUCAUUGUUGGGCACUCCCUUGAAAAUGAUUUUCGUUCUUUGAAGUUAAUUCACCACAGGUGUAUUGAUACAGCUUUACUUUACAACAGUGAAACAAAUGGUGUCAAAAAACCAUCAUUAUUUUUACUUUACAAGAAGUAUAUCAAUAAACCUUUCCGUGCAAACGAAUCCGGCCAUGAUUCAUACGAAGAUGCAAGAGCGGCCAUGGAUCUUGUUAAUUUCUCACUCAAAGAUCAGAACAUUGUUAUAGAACAGCCAAAAGUUCCAGAUUUCAUUGCAGAAAUGAUUAAAAAGCAUGGAUCAUUGUUUUACGCGGGAAUGACCAAAAAUAUUGAUUUCCCUGAUACAGAUAUCCUUGAAUUAAAGAAAACAGAAUCUGAUGACGAGACAUUAAAAGAAAUUGUUGAUAACAUCGCAAAUAAUGACUUGAUGUUUGCUCACUUUGCGGAAGCCGGUGAAGAAGAAGCAUUAGAUGAUGCUGUUUUAGAAAAAUGUCUUGAAAAAUAUAAUAAAAUUUUGGAAUCACUCAUUGAAGCACUUCCAAAGAGAACAGCACUCAUUGUAUACGUUGCAAAUGGCAAUGUAAACAGAAUUAAACAAGAAGACGAUUCAAUUCCUCCAAUGAACGAUGAAAAAGUCAAAGAUGAGUUCUUAUCAAUAAGACAAGGCUUACUUUGGGUACAUUGCUCUCCAACAAAGUAA